AUGAUUUAUUUUACAAAAGAGAUGAUGAUUGGUAGAAGAAGAAGAGGAAAUAAUAAAGAUGAUGGAUAUAAUUUGGAUGAAGAUCAAGACCCAGAUCAUGUUUUGCAAUUAAAUGAUCAAGGUACCAACAAGUACAAAUGGGAGAGUCAAUUCGAGAGGACAUGGGAUGACAUUGAAGAAGAUGAAUCUGGUUUGAGACCAUCGCUGCAGGAAGAGCGUAUCAUGAGGACAAGACGACAGAGAAUAGAUGCUCAACGUGUUCGUAGAGGAAUGCAGCGUCAUAUCUGUCUCAUCGUAGAUCUUUCAAAGACUUUGGCAUCUCAAGACAUGAAACCAUCACGUCAUCAAUGCCUUUUAAAUUCAUCGGAAUCGUUCAUCAAAGAAUUCUUUGAUCAAAAUCCAAUAUCACAGAUCUCAUUGAUUGUCACAAAGAACUCGAAAGCAGAGAAACUAACUGAACUCAAUGGCAACCCAAACAGACACAUCACAGCAUUGAAAAAUACUUCUGCAAUGGAAGGUGAUCCAUCCAUUCAAAAUAGUUUAGAAGUUGCAAUAUCAACAUUAAGUCAUGUACCAAAAUAUGGAAGUAGAGAAAUCAUUGUUAUUUAUUCUAGUUUGACAACCUGUGACCCAGGAGAUUUAACAAAAACUAUAGAGAUCCUAAAGAACGAACAGAUUAGAGUGUCUUUUAUUCAUAUGGCAGCAGAGUUGUUUAUUUGCAAGCAUAUCUCCGAACAGACCCAUGGCACUAUGAAAGUGGUACUGAAUGAAGAGCAUUUCAACGAGUGUCUGAUGCUACAUUGUCAGCCACCACCAACAUUCGGAAAGACAGAAGCAGCACUCGUAGAGAUGGGAUUCCCACAGCAACAUACAUCUAGUAUACCAAUGAUGUGCAUGUGUCAUGAGCAACUAAGGUACGUUGGGUACACAUGUCCGCGUUGUUCCAGCAAAUUCUGUGAACUUCCAACCGACUGUCAAAUUUGUAAUCUAUCGUUAGUCUCGUCACCACAUCUCGCCAGAUCCUAUCACCAUCUAUUCCAAGUCCCUCUUUUCACAGAGAUCAAUUGGAGAGAGUUGAAAACAGAGAUAUCAUGUUUUGGAUGUCUAACCGUUCCAAAGUCUUCUUCAUUGUUUUUUGGUUGUCCAAGAUGUAAACAAUCAUUCUGUUUUGAAUGUGAUCAAUUUAUACAUGAAUCACUGCACAAUUGUCCUGGUUGCGAAAAUAAUUUAAAUACCAACGAAAAUGAUGUAAAUAAUAAUAGCAAUCAUAGUCAAAAUGGUAAUGAUCAUGGUAGUGACCAACCCAUCUCUCAAUAA